GCUAAAGAAAAACCACGCACAAAAAAAUAAACGUUUCAUAUUUUUUUCAACUUAUUGGAAGUCUUUUUUAUUUUGUAAUUUUCUUUAAAAUAAAUUGACUAAUUAUUAAAAUAAAAAUAUGGGCAAAAGUGAAUCUGAAAGUAAUUCAUCAUCUUCAUCAGAUAAUUCCGAAUCAGAUUCAUCAACAUCCACUGAAGAAGAACAAGAAACAAAACUAAAAAAUCGUGAUAGAAAAAAAGAAGACCAUGCCACCACAUCAAUUGACAAGAAAAAAUCAAAAUCCAAAUCACCCUCAUCUCCAACAGCAAAAAUAAAAACUGAUGAUAAAAAGAAAAAAAUUCAUAAAAAACAUGAAAAUACAUCAUCGCCAGAUUAUUCAUCUUCUGCUAGUUCUAAUAAAGAUGGUAGCGACUCGUCGACAUCAUCGUCGUCGGAUUCGGAUUCUUCUGGCAGCGAUACUGAAGAAGGAGAAGUCAAAGUAUCAAAUACAAAACCAAUUAAGUCGAAGAGCGAUGAAAACUCUUCACAUGAAAAAGAGUUGGAAACGGAAAAGGCCGAAGAAAUUAAAUCGGUAAGUGAUGAAUUAGUCCAACAGGUAGAAAUAUCAUCAGUUCCAGAUCAAAUCCAAAUUAUUGAACAAAAAGAAGCCACAGGGGAACAUGAAAUAGAACCACCUCAAAAUCCUAAAGAAGAACUUGUCCCCAAAGAAGUGUCUUGCCCACCUAAACUUAAAGAAGAAACCUCGCCAGUGGAAUCUAAUCCAAUUCAAGAAGAAGUUAAUCCACAAAAGAAUAUUGCAGAAACCUCAAACGAAACAUUGGCAGAACCAGAAGCCAACACUGACAAUGGAGAACCAGAUUUAAAGAAAAAAAAGUUGGAACCGGCUGUGGAAAAGGCUUCCGAUGAAAUCCAGCAAAUCGUUUCUGAUGAACAGUCUAAGGAAACCAAAUCGAAAGAGACCACAAAAAGACGAGACCGUAGUAGGUCUCCAGGCAAAAAAGAGCGUAGCAGGUCGCCAGGUAAAAGAGAUCGAAGUCGUUCACCAGGAAGGAGAGACCGCAGUCGUUCACCAGGCAGAAGAGAUAGAAGACGAUCUCGUGAAAGAGAGGAAAGAAGCCGACGACAAAGAAGUCGCAGCAAAGAUCGACGACGACGUCGUAGUCGGUCACGCAGUCGAUCCAAGGACAGAACCGGUGACAAAUCCAAUGACCGACGACGAGGAGGACGACCGUCUUCUCCCACCGAAAAGAAAAACGAUUCCGCACCAAACGAACCAGAAUCAAAUCCAAAUGAAAAAAUCACAGAACGUCAACGUCGAACGGUAGACUUGCUAACCUCUCGCACUGGCGGAGCUUACAUCCCUCCAGCCAAGCUGCGUAUGAUGCAAGCCGAGAUCACAGACAAAGCAUCGGCAGCAUAUCAACGUAUAGCUUGGGAAGCACUCAAAAAGUCCAUUCAUGGUUACAUUAACAAAGUAAACGUCGACAAUAUUGGAAUCAUAACCAGGGAACUCCUUAAAGAGAACAUUGUCCGGGGACGAGGUCUUUUGUGCAGGUCAAUCAUUCAAGCACAAAAUGCCUCUCCAACUUUCACCCAUGUCUAUGCUGCUUUGGUAGCCAUUAUCAACUCAAAAUUCCCAAACAUUGGUGAAUUGCUACUAAAACGUUUAGUCAUUCAGUUCAAGAGAGCAUUUCGUCGAAAUGACAAGGCUGUCUGUUUGUCAGCUUCAAGAUUUGUAGCUCAUUUGGUUAAUCAACGAGUGGCUCAUGAAAUUCUUGCAUUGGAAAUUCUCACCCUCUUAGUUGAAACACCAACAGAUGAUUCGGUUGAAGUGGCAAUUGCAUUUUUGAAAGAAUGUGGUAUGAAACUUACUGAAGUUUCAUCCAAAGGUAUUGGUGCUAUUUUUGAAAUGUUGAAGAAUAUUUUGCAUGAAGGUAAAUUGGAUAAAAGAGUGCAGUAUAUGAUUGAAGUUGUUUUCCAAGUGAGAAAAGAUGGAUUUAAAGAUCAUCAAUCGGUUAUUGAGUCAUUGGAAUUGGUUGAGGAAGAUGAUCAAUUUACACAUUUAUUGAUGUUAGAUGAGGCCACUAAUACCGAGGAUAAUUUAAAUGCAUUUAAAUUCGAUGACAUGUACGCCACCAACGAGGACAAAUACAAAGGUCUCAGCAAGGAAAUUCUUGGCAGCGAUGCAAGUGAUUCAGAUGGCGAAGAUGACUCUGGCAGUGGUAGUGACGAAUCAGAUUCCGAAGAAGAUGAAGAAGAAAAAGCUAAAGCUGAAGCAAUCAUCGAUAAUACCGAAACAAAUUUAAUAGCCCUUCGCAGAACUAUUUAUCUAACCAUCAACUCCAGUUUGGACUAUGAAGAAUGUGCUCACAAGCUCAUGAAAAUGCAACUCAAACCAGGUCAAGAAAUCGAAUUGUGUCACAUGUUUCUCGAUUGUUGUGCCGAACAACGAACAUAUGAAAAGUUUUAUGGUCUCUUAGCACAAAGAUUUUGUUCCAUCAAUAAGACCUACAUUGAGCCAUUUGAAGAGAUCUUCAAGGACACAUAUCAGACAACCCAUCGACUAGAUACAAAUCGAUUGCGAAAUGUUAGCAAGUUUUUUGCACAUCUUCUAUUUACCGAUGCCAUUGGUUGGGAUGUUUUAGAUUGCAUUAAAUUGAAUGAAGAUGAUACAACAAGUUCAAGUCGUAUUUUCAUAAAGAUUCUAUUUCAAGAACUUGCCGAAUAUAUGGGACUUUUUAAAUUAAACGAGAAAUUGAAAGACGGUGUGCUAACAGAAACUUUGUCAGGUCUUUUCCCAAAAGACAAUCCACGUAAUACACGAUUUGCUAUUAAUUUCUUUUCAUCGAUUGGUCUGGGUGGCUUGACUGAUGAUUUACGUCAGUUUUUAAAGAAUGCACCCAAGAAUGUGCCAGCAAUUAAUUCGGAAUUGCUUGGUGAUAAAAUUGAUGUAUCGAGUUCUACAUCAUCGUCGUCAUCUUCUUCGUCGUCGAGUGAAUCAUCGUCGGAGUCUUCUUCAUCGGAGGAUGAGAAGCAAAAGAAGAAGAAGAAAAAGAAGAAGAUUUCUAAGAAAAAAGCUGUCGAAAAGUCAAAGAAAAAAAACUCUAAGCAAGAACGAAAAAAGAAGAAAUCAAAAAAGAAACAAGAGACCAGCAGCAGUGAGAGUAGUUCCAGUAGCAGCAGCAGUAGCAGUGAAAAUUCUAGCAGCAGCAAUGAUGAUAGCAGUAGUGAAGAUGAUAGAAAAAAUAAAAAGCAAACGAGCAGGAAAGUCGAAGUUGAUAAAAAGAACAAAAAACACAGGAGAGAAAAAUCACCAGCGCAUGAAAUUGAGAGAGACCACAAAAAACAUGAAGAAAAGUCUAAACGACGAGAUGAACCAGAUGAAAGAUUGUCCAAUGGAAGGUCUAUGAAUGGUCGGGGACGAGAUAAUGGCAGACGUGAUGAAGAAGAACAAAACUCUCGCGCAAGAAACGAUCGUAGAGAUAACAAGAGAGAAAGAUCUCCUCAUCAAGAUCGUCGUAAUCGAGAACGUGAUCGUGAUGAUGAUCGUGAUCGCAAUCGUGAUCGUAAUCGGGAUUAUGAUCGUAAUCGUGAUAACUAUAAUCAUUCAGGGAAAAAUAAUCGCGAUCAUAGAACGUCAGGUAAGUCUCGCAAUGGAUCAAAGGAAAGGGGAUAAAGAACUUUUUACUUAAAAAAAAAAUAGGAUUUAAAAAAUGUAACAGAAAAUAUUAAUAAAUUGUAAGAUAGAUUUGAA